AGAAGGUUGAAUGUUUUCGGGCACACCAGGCAUUCAUUUGGGCAGCUACAUCCUCAGGAGGUCCUACACUCCCAACUCCGCUGGUUUCGGAUAACGGGCAGAAGCAGCUGCCAAUGAGCUCCGCUGAGUGCAGAGGGGGCAGGGCUAGCCCUUAAAGGAGCCACGACCCAUUAGGAGACCAUAGGAUGAUCCAGAUGAUGGCGGCCAGCGCGGCCUUAGCCUUGGCCCUGGGGCUCCUACUGCCAUCAGCGGGGGUGAGAGGGGCCGGGCCCCCACCGAUACAGGACGGCGAGUUCACAUUCCGGCUGCCUGCGGGGAGAAAGCAAUGUUUCUACCAGUCCGCGCCGGCCAACGCAAGCCUCGAGACCGAGUACCAGGUGAUCGCAGGUGCUGGGCUGGAUGUGGAUUUCACGCUGGAGAGCCCUCAGGGUGUGCUGCUGGUCAGUGAGUCCCGCAAGGCAGAUGGGGUGCACACGGUAGAGCCCACGGAGGCUGGGGACUACAAGCUGUGCUUCGACAACUCCUUCAGCACCAUCUCCGAGAAGCUGGUGUUCUUCGAACUCAUCUUUGACAGCCUGCAGGAUGAUGAGGAGGUCGAAGGCUGGGCAGAGGUCGUGGAGCCCGAGGAGAUGCUGGAUGUCAAAAUGGAGGACAUCAAGGAGUCUAUCGAGACCAUGAGGACACGCCUGGAGCGCAGCAUCCAGACGCUGACCCUGCUGCGAGCCUUGGAAGCACGUGACCGCAACCUGCAGGAGGGCAACCUGGAACGGGUCACCUUCUGGUCGGCUGUGAACGUGGCCGUGCUGCUGCUGGUGGCUGUGCUGCAGGUCUGCACCCUCAAGCGCUUCUUCCAGGAUAAGCGCCCGGUGCCUACGUAGCCCGUCCCUGAAGAACAGGGAAAAGCCACGGCAGCAGGGUGCAUGUGUGUGUGACGUAGUUUCCUCUGAGAAGCGAGGCUGUAUGUUCGGGGCCUGAGGUGUGGCCCGCGUCUUCCCUUCCAGGCCAGAAUACUGGCUGGCUUGCAGGUCUGGGCCAUCCAGAAGGGGUAGCUCAGUGACUGCAUCUGCUUUCCUGGAAAUUGUGCGUGGGGGGCACUGCAGCAUUUGAAUGCAACCCUGGGGUUUUCUGGCCCCACCUGUCCCCUAAAUGUGCCUUAGCCUGAGCCUUCCAGUUGCACCACCACUGCCUGGUGCAGAAUGGGAUCCAGGAAGCAAACUUUUUCUUCCCUCCCCCAACUGGCCCUAUGAGCCAGGACACGGAGGGAGGAAGCUUGCUGCUCACGGAACCCCAUGCCUUCCUUCCCCUUCUUGGCGCUCCACCUGGGGCCUGUUGCUGCUGCUGAGAACGGACUGUUCAUGCCGGAGCUGGGAAGGAGACUCGGCUUGCAGUGUUCUUGCCAGGACAGUCACUUUAUUGACAGGAAGGAGCCGGCCCCUUGGCCCAGCAGGGGGUAGGUGUGAGGUCUGGUAACAGAAUUCCAGGAGUGGGGCUUGCAAGUCCUUCUGCCCCUCCUGCUCUCCCUGCAGGGGCCCCAGACAGGGCUGAGGGGUAGCCUGACCGAAGCCCAUACAGGAGCCUCACAGAACAAAGGGUGGUUUGGCCUGGGGACUGGAGCCAAUAAAUUAUGAUCAGAAAA